GUCUUGUCAAAGUCAAAAGUGCUAAGUGAAUCAAAUCGAAAAAUCUCAAGAGUAUUAUUUAUUGAUUCAAAUUCAAAUAAAUAAACUUAGCUUCUUGAAAAACUUUGAGAUUGGAAAACCAGAAAGUGAACAUGGAGCACCGGCAUGCUCCUCCCGGAGUUAACUCACGAUCAGAAACGGCUGCACAAUCUGCUGCUGAUUUAGAGGUACUACGGGAAAUAGAGCACAUAUACUUUUCUCCGCCAUCGGAGUUCGACGCGGCGCGGUAUGCGUUGGAACACGCCCCCUCUCCCCCCGACUGCGAGGCCAUAGACCGGAUGUUCACUAAACUGAAAAGACAACAGCAGGUUGUGUCAGGCAAAGCUCUCCACUUAAUCUCUCAACAGCGUGACAACUGCGACAGGGAGUUCGCAGAAAUCCAGAACAUUCGAGAAGAACUCUCACAAACCCUAGACACAUGUAGGAAAGCUCGAGAACGCUUAAAAACUGCGUCGAACCACCUCACCAUCUCCACCUUCGUCAUACUAGCUAACGUUAGAAAGAGGCAAAUAAUCAAAUCUGUACUAAAAUCACUCGAGCUAUUGACAAGUUUGCGCAGCGUUGAAAAAGAUGUGGCAGAACUGCUAUCCAAAAAGGAAUAUUUCGAAGCUAUAGACUUAAUUUUAAAGAGCAAAAAGGCGGCGGCAAAUAGUAAAGAAUAUACAUGUAUAGCGGAUUUAAAUACUAGAUUACAAGAUACGUUAGAUAUGACAGAGGAAAAGCUGGACUCAGUUCUGGCUAGUUUAUGCCAUAAUUUCGACGAAGAUGUAUUCAGGAAACUAAAGAAGGCUUAUGAUUUAUUAGGGAAGACCCAAGCAGCUAUGGAACAGUUGCACAUGCACUAUUCCUCAGCAGUGAAUGAGUCGGCAUUAGAAGCUGUUAAACCCUUCCUGAGCGAGCACACAAUAGAAAUGAAAUUCCAAGAGAUGUGCCAAUCCGUACCGACGAAUAAAGCGCCAGUUUGCCUCUUGAACUUAUGCGAAAACCUGUUCCAUGUAAUGCGGAGUUAUUAUCUCUUGGUGACUUGGCAUUUGAAGAAUGAGGAAAUCCAACCGAGCUCGAGCGUUUUCGACAUUGAGAAAAACGUCAGCCGCGAAUACAUAAAGCAGAAAUUAAAAGCCGGUCUCCUUAGAAUCUGGCAUGACGUACAGGCCAAGGUUUCGAUAUUCCUAAAAAGCUCAGGUCUCGAAGAGUUUCCGUUCGAGAAGUUCAUUCAAAUGUUGGGCAUCCUAAGGAAGCUGACGCAAGUCGCUGAAAUAUUUUGCGACGAUAAAUCAGAUCUAUUACAGGAUUUUAUAAAAACACAAUCCGUAUCAUACAUAAAGAAUUAUCAUAGAGGAAGAAUGGAGGAGUUGAAACUGUUUUUGGAGAAUGAAGGAUGGGAGCAAUGCCCAGUUAAAACAACGUUCAAUGUCUUGAAUCUCCAGGAGUUUAAGCAGUUUAGGAAGUUUUUAAAUCCGAAAACUGAUGCCGUGGUUAAAGGAACUCAAUCCGAUGCGACAUCGUCCGUCACGUCUCAGGACGAUAGUGUCUAUAUAGCUAAAUAUUUUACGCAAAAAUCUUCCAGGACACCAUUCGAAAUAUUCCGAAAUGAAAACGUAACAAAUGAUGAUAUAUUCGGUUUAGAACCGGAAUCGGAAGGGAGCGACGAAUCGGAUGACGAGCCCGAAGAACUUCGUCGCGAUUUCGUCGAGGAUACCGACAUCCUAGAUUAUACAACGAAUGAAGCACAAAGCAGUCCGUCGAAAAUAAAAGAUAGCGUCAUAGUGACCAACACAACUUUAUCCGUACUCAGAAAUUGCGGACAGUAUCUCCAAAUAUGUAGAUAUCUACCCCAAAUUUCGCUGGAAGUGAUCAUGCUAAUGAACCAAUUGUUCGACUACUAUUUUUACGCGGUCCACAUAUUCUUCACCUCGGAUUUGGACGUUGCGUCAUCUACAUUAUAUAGUACGAAGUUAAAUUUAGUUUUGAAACGGAUUUCCAAUAGUAUAAACGGUGCUGACGAAACUAAGUUCGAAUGCCCGAGCAAUCCCCAACAUUUAGACAUGAAUUCAGAGUCCAAUUUACACGGUUUGAGCGAAAGAAUUGUGGGUGUUGAAAGCGUUAUAUUCUUAGCGAAACAGUUCGAAUUUCUCCAACCGUAUUUAGAAUCGAUAGUCGCAUCUCAUCAACGGAUGAUUCUAGAACAUUUCAGAGACAACACAUUGAUGGUCGUCGAUGAUUUAAGAAUGCCAGUCUAUAUGUGUUCUGCGUCUAAAGCGGUUGAUGCUAGGUCUGCGUUGAUAGCAAUGUCUCAAGUACGUUGGGACGUUAAAAACGUAGCGGUAGAACACAGUCCGUACGUUGAUAUGAUCAUACGGAAAAUCCAAGUAUUUGCGUUGCGUCUCGAGAACGUUUCCUCACGGAUCACUUUAAAUUCGAGGGUAGUUCAAUCAAUAUGGAGUAUGGUGUCCAAAUUUGUCGUCCAUCUUUUGGUAGAAGGGUUCUCGAACGCGACGAAAUGCUCGAACGGUGGUAGGGGCUUAAUGCAGCUGGAUUAUAGGCAGCUAUUCGUCAAAUUAGAGAAGAUCUCUGGUUUAAAACCUGUACCUUACCAAGAUUACGUGGAUAAGUACGUGAAAGCGUACUAUUUGCCUAGGAACGAAUUGGAAAUCUUUGUAAGGGAUCGAAAUGAGUAUUCCAGUAAACAUUUACUUGCUUUGGUCAGUUGUGCGUGCGAGAACAAGAGAGACAGGCAAGCUUUGACAGCUAUCAUAGAAUGCAGAGAUGGGGGUAGUUGAAAUAUAUAUUUUUAUGGGUGUUAGUACACAGAUGGUAAAAUGGCGAGAGUUUGUAUAUUUUGUUUAUACUUAUAAUAGGCAUGCUGAAUGAUUUAAAAAAAAAAACUGCUGAUGUUCGGAAGUAUUUACUAUAUCCAAUAAAAAACUAAUUUUUGGUAAAAAUUGAUGAAAAACGUAUUUUAUUUAUAAUCGAAGUGAGAAUAGUAAUUAUUUUCAAUAAAACCUUUAAUUUCAGCAAUUUUUUUUUUGUUAAAGAAGUACCUACGAACAUCAUAGGGCAGUUUUUCAAAAGUUUUUUAGUCAUUCCUAUACUCUCACUUUGUAGCGGUUUUUGAAGUACACUACGCGACGCAACCUGUAUGUAUAUAAUGUAUUAUAUUAUAUGUAUUUUACAGGAAUAAAAGGUAAUCUCAGAUGUAAAGACAAUUUAAGUUAUACUUAUCUUUUUAUUUAUAUUGUUAUAUAAUCAUGUUUACGUGCAUAAGCUUAUUAAAUAAAUAUG